AUGGAUACGCUUAAUAACAUUCAUUAUUCAACAGGAGACACUAUUUUCAACAUUUGUUUAUGUAUCCAGGUCUGUCUUGGUCUUCCUCUUCUCGUCUUCUUCUUUACCGAGCCCUGUAUUAUACACUUCUUUACCGAGCCCUGUAUUAUACACUUCUUUACCGAGCCCUGUAUUAUACACUUCUUUACCGAGCCCUGUAUUAUACACUUCUUUACCGAGCCCUGUAUUAUACACUUCUUUACCGAGCCCUGUAUUAUACACUUCUUUACCGAGCCCUGUAUUAUACACUUCUUUACCGAGCCCUGUAUUAUACACUUCUUUACCGAGCCCUGUAUUAUACACUUCUUUACCGAGCCCUGUAUUAUACACUUCUUUACCGAGCCCUGUAUUAUACACUUCUUUACCGAGCCCUGUAUUAUACACUUCUUUACCGAGCCCUGUAUUAUACACUUCUUUACCGAGCCCUGUAUUAUACACUUCUUUACCGAGCCCUGUAUUAUACACUUCUUUACCGAGCCCUGUAUUAUACACUUCUUUACCGAGCCCUGUAUUAUACACUUCUUUACCGAGCCCUGUAUUAUACACUUCUUUACCGAGCCCUGUAUUAUACACUUCUUUACCGAGCCCUGUAUUAUACACUUCUUUACCGAGCCCUGUAUUAUACACUUCUUUACCGAGCCCUGUAUUAUACACUUCUUUACCGAGCCCUGUAUUAUACACUUCUUUACCGAGCCCUGUAUUAUACACUUCUUUACCGAGCCCUGUAUUAUACACUUCUUUACCGAGCCCUGUAUUAUACACUUCUUUACCGAGCCCUGUAUUAUACACUUCUUUACCGAGCCCUGUAUUAUACACUUGUUUAGGUGUCU